GGAACAUUUUUAUUUUCAUUUAAUGCGUUUUUCGAUUAGCAAGUCAGAAUCAGCAUGGACUUAGACAGGUUUGUUUUCUUCUUUCCACCUAGGCGUUGCUUACACCCCGGUGUGUGAUCCACCUCGGUUGUGUGAGAACAAUUACAACACAGUGUGUGUCACCUGUACUGCUGAUGUUCCUUAUGGAUCCAGAUGGGCCUAUUUUUGCGCACUGCACACAACAAGCAAUCCACAAUUCCGCCUUCUGCUGCCCCCGUCCUGUUACUAAAUGGGUUACGUUUCUCUGGAGAAAGCACCAACAAUGUCGUUCAACUAGUCACGGGACAGACAUAUUUAGUCCGCUGUGACGUCACCGGUGGCAACCCACCUGUUUCUAGCGUGACACUGACCUGUCCAGGCAACAACCCUACAACACAGGAAGGAUCCCAUGUUUCGGCUGACUUCACAGUGACCAGUGACACACAUCAACGGAAAUGCGAGUGUGAGGCUGACCACAGCUUGGGAGACUAUGAUAAGCAAAUAACCUCUGUUGUCAUUAAAGCUGUUUUUCACCGUCUACUCCUCCAAAACUGACAAUAUCAGGGGCAGUUUACAUCGGACUCCAGGGAUAUUCUAUUUCAAAGACCCCGGGGCAGAGGUACUCAUCAAGCUGUGACGUGUCUGGGGGUCAGCCACUCGUGUCCAAUGUCACACUGACCUGUCCAGGCGUGGCCCCAGAGACCAUGACCGGGACUUCAGUGUCGCUGUCUGUCAUUAUAGUCGUUAAGUCGGCUGACCAGGAGAAGUGUGUAUGUACAGCACAACAUGUGUCACAAUGCUACAACCAGAAAACUGAGGUCACAAUUAAUGUUCUGUUUUCACCAGAAACUGUCACCUUUCAGAAAACAGGCAGGGACAAUAACUCACCUGUGGACAUCUGCUCAGACUCCUCGCCACAGAUAUCGCUCCAGUGUAGCGCGAGCUCUAACCCCCAACCCCAGUUCACAAUUCUCGUGAACCAACAAGCUUACUCAAGGCCAACUCAAGACCAGUUGGUCAAAACUGGAAGUAAUACCUACGUGUACUCGUAUGGCUUUGUUCCGGAAGCUGGAGGAACCUACAACAUCACCUGUACUGCCAAGGGAGACAAUAGAGCGCCUGUUGAAAGUGACCAGCUGACCAUUCUCGUCAGAGAACCACCCAAAACAGAACCGAAGAUCACCAUAAUCAGCAUCGGACCAUCCGGCAACGUCCUGAAAAACCUGGAAGUCAUCUCUAAAAGCGCAGCUACAAAUGUCACGUGCUUGGUUGAUGGUGGAUACCCGCCCGUGACGUCACAAGACAUUCUGUUGACUUGUGCGAACAUCUCCGGCUCUGAACAGAUAACUCUUCCACCCGGGGACUCUACAGACGGAGAAAUAGCCUGCUCUUGUAGUGCGUCUCACAUUACUGGAUGUUACUCACGAUCUGCUCACACAAGAUUUAAAGUUUCAGCUCUUCCACUGAGCCCUGAGGCGAGCACGGACAACUCUGACGUCACUGUGGUCGCCUCUGUUGGUGUCGCUGUUGCCGUCGUCGUCUUGGUCGUCGUGGUCGUCGUGGUGAUUGUGCUGAAGCGUCAACACUACAAGUCCGAGGCCCUACGUCGAGGCCUGACUCCACAAUAUCUACAGAACAGAAUGAGGAACGAAAUGGGAACGAGGCUCUUCCAGACCUCCUGUGCAGUAGGGUGGUCAAUCCUUCUUUCCGAAGUCACGCAGAAGAAGCGGUCGGCGAGAGGGUGUACCAGAACGCCACUGCGGCCACCACAAGCGAGUUCAACGGGAAACUGCCUGGCAAACAACCCAAGACCGCUCCAAAACCCACUGGGAAGACAACUCCUCAAGCACAGACACUGGAGCCCACAUCGCCCACAUCGCCCACAUCGCCCACAUCGCCCACAUCUGCUGACGUGUACGCCAAAGUCCAAAAACUACCAAAAACUCCAGAAAUGGCACAUUCGGAUGUCCUGGAAGAUCCGGACGAGCACGUCUACAACAACACUGAUGGACAACGUGUGGACUUCUCCAACUCUUCUUUGUUGAGAGAUGACAAGGUGAGUCCGCCUGCCCCCGACGCAAGUCUCCCGGACGACCAGAUCUACUGUAACACCGGCCCGAUGACUGGCAGCUUGACGGAGGCGACAGUUUGACAGGGGCGUGUCUUGUGAGGAUGGGUGUGUCUUAUUGAUCAGGACAGGGGCUCUUCUUGUCAUGGCAGUGACUAUGGUGUGUCUUGUUAAAUAGGACAUGGGCGUUUCCUGUUAAACAGGACAUGGGCGUGUCUUGUUAAAUAGGACAUGGGCGUGUCUUGUUAAAUAGGACAUGGGCGUGUCCGUUAAAUAGGACAUGGACGUGUCUUGUUAAAUAGGACAUGGGCGUGUCUGUUAAAUAGGACAUGGACGUGUCUUGUUAAAUAGGACAUGGGCGUGUCUGUUAAAUAGGACAUGGACGUGUCUUGUUAAAUAGGACAUGGGUGUGUCUGUUAAAUAGGACAUGGGCGUGUCUGUUAAAUAGGACAGGGAUGUAUCUUGUCAUGACAAUGGUGUGUCUUUGUUAAAUAAGACAGUUGCGUGCCUUAAAUAGGAGAUGAAUGUGUCUUGCUUAACAGGAGAGGCGGUGUGUCUUGUCAAAUAGGACAUGUGAGUGUCUUGUUAAAUAGGCCAGGAGGGGGGGGGGGG